AUGCUUUAUACUAUACUCCUGGAAACCGAAAACUCGUCCAACGAGUCAAAGAAUUUUGCUGUUUUAGCCAAUCGCGUAAUGGGCAUGAAAACGGAUCGACCUGCCCAAACAGUAGAACGAGUCCGAUCCCGGACGUUGCCGAAUAAGCCCUCAAAAAAGGUGACAUGGGGUGACAUGAGGAAAUCAGCAACGUUCAGCAUGUAG